AUGGACCCAAAAUUCAUUGAAGCCAGUCUAGGUAAUGUUGGUGGAUUAUUAGGUGAGGCCAACACUUAUAGCGAAUGGGUUGAAGCCAACAAGACUCCAACACCUCAAGGGUCUGGCUUCAACAAACGUCUAAUCGUACUAGGCAAAUACAAACUACUCUCAUUGAAGAAGGGUACAUUUGGCAACUCUGUCGAACUCAACUUCCACCUCCUCAACAUCACUGAGAUCAACUACUUGGACAAUGAUGAGACUUUGGUGAUCAAAUAUAAGGAGCUGGUUAAUGACCUGCCCGUGCAUGGUGGUUUGACCAUCCGUGCUACGUUCGAGAGGAUCCAGCACUUGUUGCGCGCAAUCCGCAAGAACAUCCGUUUGAUCACCCAUGGUAUCACAGAGAGCCAUGCACUUAAGCUCAACUACCCAGAGGAUAAAUUGCUGGCCUUUGACGAGCCGCUUCCAAUGUCCUCAGCCAACGGCUAUGUCGACACGUACAUCGCCAACUCCUGGCUCUACAAGACGGUCGCCACCGUCGACUACGUGAGAUAUAUCGAGGGUCUGGCUCAGAAUGGCUUGGACGAGCUGGACUUCACCCAAAGUGCUGGCAAUGAUCCAAACUCUGAAUACAGCUUCAACCUCUUCACAGCCCUCGUGGCCCUUGCUCACAACACAUUUUUCAAGUCCGUCAACCUCUCGGCACUUCCACAUGCAAACAUUGUCAACGCAUUGGCAUUGGCAUUGGAAACGAACCAAACGUUGACCAAGCUAAACUUGUCAGACCUUCGCAUUGAACAAUCAUUCCAACCAAUUGCCAAUGCAUUGGUAAAGAACACACAAAACGCUGUACACUCACUUGACUUGUCAAAGAACAACAUAGCCUACCCCGCCAUGAUGUCACUCUGUACCUUCUUCUCAAAGAUGCAACAUGGCCUUGUCAGCCUGGACCUGUCCAACUGCGACCUCAAGCCUAGAUGCGUGGUCAUCCUCUUCCAAGCAUUCGAGCGCAACUUUGGCAUGUCGCUGGCCAUCAAGUCCCUCAACCUAUCAAACAACAAACCGGGGGACAGCGGUCAACAAGCCAUCGCCAGCUGGAUGAGCAAGAUCAAGGGCUGCAACAAGCUGAGCUAUCUCAAUCUGAGCAACUGUGGCAUCAACUUCUCAAUAAUGGGUCCCGCGUUGGGACAUGUGGACGUGGCCCAUCUUUGCCUUUCGGGCAACAAGAUCGACAAGAAUGCCGCCAAACUACUUGCAGAGAAUGUGCUCAACUCCACAGAGAACCUGCUGCACCUGGACUUGAGCAACUGCUGGCUUGGAUACUACCCGCUCGAGCAUAUCUUCAGCUCGCUCAACCUAAACAAGCGUCCAGCAAGAUUGAACAUCAACCUGUCCAACAAUGGCCUGUCCGCCAGCGAGGCCUCUGUCAUUGGAAAGUAUGUUGGCGGCAUCCAAAACCUAUCCGGCCUGGACCUCUCCCACAACAAGCUUCCAUGUCGUGCGCUUAUCGACAUCCUGGGCUCGAUCAGAAUCAUGAGCAACUGCAACUUACAUCAGCUCAACCUGUCCAACAACUACUUUGCCGAGGGUGCCGAAGGCGAGCACCUAUGCAACCUGAUCGCCAAGAUCAUCAACAGUGUGGAGUCACUCAAAGCAGUUAACUUGAGUGGCGGCAAGUAUCCCUUGGGCAAGGCGUUGGUGCCACUGUUUGGCGAGCUGGCCAAGAGCAUCACCCUCAAGGAGAUCGACCUCUCAGACAACGCACUGGGAGACUGGGCCGCAUCCAGCCUGGGCGAGGUGCUUCGACAUAACUCGGCACUCAACUAUAUCAACCUGGACAACAAUCAAUUCUCCCUUCAGGGCUGGACCAGCAUUGCCCAACCCCUAUUGUUCGAUGUCAAUCGCUCGCUCAAUCAUUUGGAGAUCUCCAGGACAAUCGCAUCGGUCCAUACCUCUAGCCUUGUGAGCAACUUCAAGGCCAGUCCAGUGAUUGGUGGACUGUCAAGCCAGAAGAAGUGCCAGCUCGUAGGUAUCUUCAUCAAGAUUCAGAACAAGGUUGCAGAGAAUCGCUUUGAGUCUUCGAUGAAUGCCAACGCGUACGUGUCAGAGUAUGCUGGUGGCGAGGUGGUCAACCGCGGUGUUGAGCAUGUUGUCGAAGCCGUGCCACUUGUUGCCGUGCCCGUCCACCUGGCCGCACUGCCAUUGCCCAUGUCUCCACGUACCGAUGCAACAACACCAGAGUUGUUGAAUGCGAAGGAUGUGGCUGCUCAAGCCACCCUCCAGGAUGGCGCACAGGUCGACCAGACCCUAGAGAAACCAGACGUGUCCAAUGACUCGCUGAGAAUCAGCCAGACAAGAUCCCUGCCCACAAUAGAGAACUCGGAUUGGCAACCUGAUGACACGAGUGAGUUUGAGCACGUCGAUCAUGAUGAAGCCUAUUUCUACGAGCUAAACAGUGAUGGCGAAUCAACAAGCUCACGUCGCCAAAUUGCCAAAGAGCAUCCAGCUGAGCCAGCCUCAUCGUCAGAGGAGAAGCAACAAGAUCAAACAUUGCUCAUCGCUGCUCCACCCGUCGAGGCACUCUAG